AAAUACAUCUGCAAUCAACACUAAUUUUAUCAUAAUUAAAUAAAAUUUAAAUUCUACUAUGGACCGACUAAGACUUCAAACUAGAACAAUUCCUGCUUAUAGUAUUUUUGGACUUAUUAAUAGGGCAACAUAUUCCAAUAUAGCAGCAUUAAAUGAUGCAAAUUAUGGUGCUAUAGACCUUACCUUAGGUGCUAUUACUGGUAAUCAUAUUAUGGCUCAUAAUAAUUAUGGAAGAAUACAAAAUGAUGCUAAAAUUGUUCAUCAAAUCAAUUAUAUUUCACCAAGUCCAAUUGAUUGCAUAACAAUUAGUGAUGAUGAUAAUGAUAAUAACACAGUGCAUCAACAAUCUGCACAAUCUGCUCAAUCUGCACAAUCUGCUCAUUCUCCGGGACAAUCUAUUCAAUCUGCACACUCUGCUCAUUCUCCUGGUCAAUCUAUUCAAUAUGCACAAUCUGCUCAUUCUCCUGGUCAAUUUAUUCAAUCUGCUGGUCAAUCUUUUCAAUUUGCUGGUCAAUCUGCUAGUCAAUUUGCUGGUCAAUCUGCUAGUCAAUUUGUUCAAUCUAUUCAAUCUGCUGGUCAAUCUCCUAGUCAAUCUGUUCAAUCUGUUCAAUCUAUUCAAUCUGCUGGUCAAUCUGUUCAAUCUGCUGGCCAAUCUUUGCAAUAUAUUCAGCAUAAUUAUAUGCGCCAAGAACCUAAUUAUUUUCAACGCUUGACCUCACCAACUACAUCAUCAAUAGUUCUCGGAGGACAGAGACCAAUUAUUAUUGAUGGCUUAAAUAUUGGUUAUGCGUAA